AUGUGGCCUUCUUCCGGCGGCCAAUACGUAUGGGCCGCAAAUCUAGCGCCACCCGCCUACUCAAGAGUAUUUGUAUGUCAAUCCUCCCGGUUCCUAGACGAGCUUAUGUGUGUCAGCUAACACUCUUGGAGAGCUGGUUCACUGCCUGGGCUGGCUUGGCGGGCUUGUGGAUAGGAACUCUGUCCUGUGCAAUGGGAGUUGCUGUUCAAAUACAAAGUUAUGCAGUCGUUUCUGCGGGCUAUGAGCCAUUGACAUGGCAUACAUUUAUGGUAAGAUACUUAUCUUAACCAGACAUCAAAAUAUUCUAACUGGAAUACUAGAUUUGCGCUGCUUGUUGCUUCGUCUGGAUUCUUAUCAACGUGUUUGCCGUCAACGCAUUGCAUCAUUUGAAUACUUGGUGUGAGUAACCUUCUUUUGGAGUUUUGGAACCUCGAUCUCCCUAAAUACCUUUCUCGCUGCCUUGGCUUACGUUUUUAAAGUAUUGGUUUGGCACGUUGGUGGAUAUAUUAUUGUUAUCGCGGUCCUUGCAGCCUGCACACCAGAAAAACAUGACGCCCAAUUUGUUUUCACAAAUUUCCAAAACCUCACUGGUUGGGACAACGACUUCGUAUCUUGGUCUGUUAGUUUGCUUGCAGCUCUGUAUGCAUUCUUCUCCCUAGAUUCCACUAGCCAUUUCAGUGAGGAGAUUGAGAGGGCAAAUGUCAUGGUCCCCCGAGCAAGUAAGUCUACCUCGGCUGAUAUUAUUUUAAUGUAUCAUGGUCUGACCUCCAGCAGUGGCACUUCAAGCCUUCAGCAGCGCUAUUAUGACAUUGCCAUUCAUUAUCACAGUCCUAUUCUGCAUUGGAGACAUUGAUGCUGUCCUUGCGUCUCCCAUCGGACUUAUGAGUCCUUUCACGCAGAUUCUGAUCAACAGUACCAACAACAUUCCAGCAGGUAUCAUCCUGAACAUGAUCGGUACUACAGUUGCUUGGUUAGCCGGUUGUGAUCUCACAGGCGCAACCUCCAGAGCGAUCUGGUCUAUGGCCCGUGACAAGGCAAUCCCCGGAUAUUUCGCUCAUCUCCACCCGACAUUCAAUGUCCCCAUCCGGGCCAUGCUAGCUCCUAUUGUUCCAUCCUUACUCGUCUACAUGAUCUACAUUUGGAACACCACGGCAUUUUACGGCAUAAUGGCGGGUGUACUGGUGGCCUUCCAGCUGUCAUAUGUUUUACCUAUUGGCCUAUACAUCUUCUACUGGGCCUGGAAAAAGGAUACCGUUAAAGGCCCCUUUGAUUUGGGCAAGGCCUCUUUCCCUUGCCACGUCUUGGCGUUCUUUUUUGGGUGUUUCAUGUUUCUUUUCAUGUCAUUCCCCGUCAUGCAGCCAGUCACAGCACAAAAUAUGUAAGUGCCAGUCCUCACUUUUGUCCUUCUUACUUUCACUAACUAGAUUCCAGGAACUAUGCUUCUGUCUUGGUUGGUGCAGUCCUCGUUAUAUCUUUGAUUUCUUGGUUUUUUUACGGACGCAAGCACUAUCAAGGGCCGAUGGCAAUUGUUGGUAUUGAGGGCCAGGUUGACCAAAGUAGCCAACUUGACCCAAGUGGCUCUGAACCUUGA